ACGUACGUCGGAGGUCGAAGUUGAGGGGGACGUAGUACGGCUCGUGGUUGGAAGGUUCGCGGGAAACGUCCCAAAACAAAUCGGUUCUGACGGGCACGCGACCGACUUAAGGCACCGUCUGAACUUUAACCGAUCAGCGUUAACGUCUUGUUUAACCGCGGUAACACAACGACCACUGAGCGCCGUUAAGGAAUAAAUCUCACUCUAAAACCGAACCAGCUGCUUUAGGUAGCUCCGGGCUAACACAGCACUGCCAGCGGGCGCUAAUCGGUUAGCUUAGCACUAACCAGCUCCCGACGGAUUUAUAGGAGAAGUAACGGCUAACGCAAGGCUCGAUAGACGGUGAAUCCACGGUGUGAAAUGGCAGAGAGGCCAGAGGACCUGAACCUUCCCAACGCGGUGAUCACCCGCAUCAUUAAGGAGGCGCUCCCAGAUGGGGUGAAUGUGUCGAAAGAAGCAAGGAGGGCAAUUUCCCAAGCUGCCAGUGUGUUUGUGUUGUAUGCAACCUCCUGUGCAAAUAAUUUUGCCAUGAAAGCCAAGAGAAAAACUCUGAAUGCAGGAGAUGUUUUGGCUGCAAUGGAGGAAAUGGAGUUUGAACGUUUCCUGGAGCCUCUCAAAGAAGCUUUGGAAGUGUAUAAGAAGGGCCAGAAAGGAAAGAAGGAGGUGUCUGAGCAGAAGCGCAAAGAUAAGGAGAAGAAGAACGACUCUGAGAAUGAUAAGAGCAGGGAGGAGGAAGAGGAGGAGGAGGACCGCAUGGAAGAGGAGCCUGAAGCAGAGAACGAAGCUGAGGAAGAGGAGGUGGAGAACUGAGGAUGCUUUCAUCACCAAGCCCUGCUGACAUGAACGAUGAGAUGCACUCCCGUCAGCUCCUCUGAGGUUAUCACAAUAUGAACACGGCGUGUUUACGUGACGCUUGUUUGUCAUCGAACUGUCGUGAAUCAAUUAAAUCCAGGUGACAGUGCAGCUAUGGUGUGAUGAGCUCAAAGGAGGUGAGGUUACAGUUUGUGGAGUUCAGUUUUUUUUUUUAUAUGGUGGGGCAGCUUCUGUCUUCCAACCAAACACAAUACAACAAACAUCAGCACAAAGCACAAUUAAACCACACACCAGACCAUGUCACACAUUUCACACACUUGUCUUCACCAUUUUGUAUUAGUCGUUUUUUUUUUUUUUUAUAAACCUGAGUCACAUUUUGAUACUAACGCUGUUCAGCUCCUUCUCUAACAGGAUUUCUCAACAUUAAGUGAUGUGAACUGUGGUGGAAAAUAGUUGAAAGUGAUUCUGUCCCCACUCAACCAGCAGUCCACUUUGGCAGAUCAGUUUACUGCUGGAGGGGGUGAGAACAUAGGCAGUAAUUUGACCAGUGUCCAGUUUUGAAGAGGUGUUACAACACCUGUGUUACCAAUGACAACUAUAAACCAGAGUUCUGAAAUUAUAAAUGUCUAAACACAUGAAGCUGUACAAGAACAUUUUAAAUCAGGAUUUCAUCACCUCGUCAUCGAUUAAGUAAACAAAAAAAAUGUCCUGAUAUUCGACAACCUUCUGUAUAAAAUCACACCCACAUUUUUGAAUUUAUAACCAUGUUUGGAGGUUUUCAAUUGUGUUUUCCACACAUGCAGUUUGAGAAGCUUAUUUUGAGAAACCCUGUGCUGGAAGAAUAGUUGUAUUUGUCAGGUGAAAUCAGUUUCAUAUCUAAAAAAAAAAAAAAAAAACCCACUUCAUGUUUAUAAAAGACAAGUGACUGCAGUGAACGGUUGUUGGACUACAUUGUUUCACACCCAGUACAAUUAGCUGCACCAGUGUAUGUAGGCCUUUUUGUUCUUUAUCUGCUGAGUUUUUUAAGCAUUUAUACUUUUGUAGAAUUGUAUAUGACUGGCUGAGAUUUUCAAUAAAUAUUUUGUAUAAAAUUGUAACUGCAAAACUAAAA